AUGAAAGGAUAUAUCUAUGUCAUUGUAAUAAUACUUCUAUGUUGUUGGACACUUAAUGCCCAGUCAUGUAAGAGGAAAUCGUCGUGUUCGUGUGAAUGCAGUGAUGGGGUACUUGAUCUGAAGCCUGGUGCUACAAAGUCUUCGACAAAAUAUCAAGACGUAGCAGCAGCAGAUGGCAGCUUAUAUUCAUAUAACCCAUGUUACAGCUUUGAUGAAACGGACCCCAGCUUACCACCUCAGUUUGAUAACUGUAAAUCUGUGGCAGCAUGUCAGCUUGUCCCAGGUGCCCAAAACCAGUUGUACGACAUUGGUACUCAGGAAAGCGCAUCGUUUAGCUACAAAGACGGAGCAUCAAUAGACCAGCCAAAUCUUGGUAAUGUCCUAACUGUAACUUACGUCGCUGCAGACAACGCAAGAACGACGACUGUAGUUCUACAGUGUGACACAACAGAGGACUUCCUUCCUGUGGGUGAAAUCCCAAAUUCACAGCCUCCAUUAUAUAUUUAUGUCUAUUCAACUCCCAAUGCAUGUCUCAAGCCUUUAGGGUUAAGUGCAGGGACCAUUCUGAUAAUUGUAUUAAUAUGUGUCAUAGCGGUAUAUUUAAUAGGCGGGGUACUGUUUAAUAAAUUAAAGAAAGGAAACAGUGGAAAGGACUUGAUUCCACAACGGGAGCUCUGGGUGUCUUUACCAGGCUUAAUCAAGGAUGGUGUGUUUUUCGUUGUGAAAAGAGGACAAUAUCAUCCAAUCAAAGGAUAA